AUGAUGAAAAUAUAUCUAUAUUUAAUGCCUUUUGCUUUGUAUUAUUAUUCGGGAGAAUGCGCAUUGUCUCAACCAUAUUUUCCUUCCCAAAUUGUUUUCUCUCCUGAUAAUAAUAAAACAAUAUUUGCAAUUGAUGAAAUAAAUCAACGAGCUUAUAAAACAGUUGCUUAUGGUGCUACAGUACGAGAAACUUCGUAUUUAAUGAAAAAUUUUCCGUACGCAACUCCUGACUCACCGCAAUCAAAAUAUUAUGUUCAAUUAUUAGUAGAUACUCCAUCAAAUAAUUGUCAGUAUGCAACAUAUUGGAAAUAUGGUGGAUCUACAUUCAAUUCAUUUCCAUUACAUUGGCAAAUUAAUUCCAGCUCAAUUAGAGUAGAGAAUUAUAUUAAAUUUAAAUAUGAAAUGUUACAUUCGAAUGAUUCUUCUACAGAUGAAGAUUAUUGGUAUUCAAAUGUAACAUGUCAAGUUUAUAGUGGAGAAAUUUAUCCAUGUGAAGAAAUUUAUUUUAACAAAAAUACCGAAAUUCCUCUUCGAUUCACUGAAGUUGUUCGUCGGGGAUGGUUUCUUGUACAAGAAACAACAUCAUAUCAAGUAAUAUCAAUGGGAAAACCAGAUGAGAAGUUAUUCGAUUCGAUACCAAAAACCUGGCCGGAUUCUUGCCGAGAUUAUUCACUUGGAAUUUUAUAUUAUCCACAAAGAAUGAAAAUACUUUUACAUGAAAAUGCCAAAGUUCAAGUUUGGCUAAUAGCACCUCCACAUCGAAUUAAUGAAAGUGAUACUGUUACUAUUCAAUGGAAAUCAUAUGAAUGUAUGGAUUGUUUUACAUGGACACCAAAUCAACUUUUAUUUAAUAGUAAAAAUUUCCAAGAAAGACAAACAUUAACAAUAACUCGUGUCAAAGAUGGUCCUAAAACAACUCUUAUUCCAAGUUUUAAUGGUGGAGGUUUUGAUCAUGUUACAGCAUCAAUAUAUCCUAUUUUUAUUGAAUAA